AUGAGGAUCCUUAUUGUUGGAAGACUUCAUUUCUACCUCAUUUCUCUUUUAUUCAGUAUUUUAUUCAGUACAGCAAAUGGACUUCUAACUUGGAGAUCAUCUAGAAUGUUUUUUCAGUUUUAUGACUAUUCUUAUUCCAACUUCUCUUCUGUAUCAGAAGCCCAAGCUCCCCAAACCGCAAGAGUUCUCAAUUUAUCACAUAACAUGAUUGAAAAUAUAACCAAAAGAGACUUUGAAGGUUUUGAUGCACUGGAAGUUUUAGACCUUGCCUACAACCAGCUUAAGUAUGUUGAACCUGGUGUGUUUGAGAAUUUACUCAACCUUGUUUCUGUCAAUUUUUCAUUUAAUGAUAAGCAACUUGAUGUACUGGGUCUUGCAUCUCGUCUAAAACUACUACCAACUAAUGAAGCCUCCAGGAUUUUACAGCUUUCCAAAUACUUUGAAAUAUCAUCAGAGCCUGCUCAGGAGUCUCCUGUGUCUGCCCAAGAACUGCAACGUUCUGAAGGUCCAGCUGAUCAGCUACCUGUUAAUGCGAGGGUCAGACGGAGUAAUGGGGAUUCCCAGAGAGCCGAGAAAAAUGUAACAGUCUCUCCAAUAGCUGGACUAAUGACCAACGUCUGUGGAACACCAAUAAAUGGAAUACUCGAUCUGUCAGAGAGGAAACUGUCUGAGGAAGAAUUGCAGGAAAAACUGCAGGCUGAUCUUUGCCAAGCUCAGCUAGAUAGUGUUUUAGAACUUAACAUUAGUCACAACAACCUGGAAAUUGAUCUUUUAUCGCUGUUCGUCUUGUUUUUACCAAUGAAAAAUGUACAGUCUAUUGAUGCUAGUUAUAACAAAAUAACAAUUAACAACAUUGAUGUUGAAGCGAUUUGUCACUUCCCAUUCCACAAUCUCUUCUUUUUAAAUAUUAGUAACAAUCCCAUGAAUAGGUUGGAUACAGUAUGUCUCCCUUCAACCAUUAAGGUAAUUGAUUUGUCCUUCACAAAUAUAAGUCAAAUACCUAAAAAUUUUGCUAAAAAAUUGUUUAACCUGGAAAAAAUGUAUGUAGAAGGAAAUCAUUUCAUAUAUACUGUAAGUCCAGAAAAUGCUGAUGCAAAUCAAAAACCUAAACCUGGAACUGUACGAAUUAAUGCAAUUUCAUUAGUUAGAAAUGAAGCUGGUACACCCAUUGAAAGCCUUCCAGAGAAAGUAAAACACUUAAAAAUGUCUAACUGCUCUAUUGUAGAACUUCCAGAAUGGUUUGCUGGCAGGAUGACGAAAUUAAUGCUUUUAGAUCUCAGCAGUAAUCCUGUUUCCACAUUUCCUCACUUGCCUACCUCCAUGCAGCAUCUGGACAUAAGUAACAGUGAUAUUAAAGUAAUACCACCUAGUUUUAAGUUCCUUUCUAAUUUAACAAUAUUUAAUGUUCAGAAUAAUAAAAUCACAGAUAUGCCUCUUGAAUAUUUCCCAUUAACUUUAACAAAAUGUGAUAUUAGUAAAAAUAAAUUACAGGUGUUGUCAUUAACUGAAACCCUAAGGAAACUUGAAUAUCUUAAUGUUUCUGGAAAUCAAAUAACUACCCUGGAGCCAAGGAAGCAACUUUCUGCAAUCACUAACCUAGACGGCAGUCACAAUUUAAUUGCAGAACUCCCUGAUCACUUUGGGGAAAUUCUUCCAACACUGAAAUAUCUUAAUCUAUCAGGGAAUAAGAUUUCCUUUCUACAAAGUGGAUCUCUCCCAGUUUCUCUGAUUGAACUAGACAUUAGCAACAAUGCCAUUACUACAAUAGUAGAGGACGCUUUUGGCCAGCUCACAAGCCUGAGUGUUUUGACUGUUCCAGGUAAACACUUUUUUUGUAACUGUGAUUUGUACUGGUUUGUGAAUGUAUACAUCCAUAAUCCCUACUUGCAGAUAAUUGGAAGAGAAAAUCUCAGGUGCAGCUUUCCACCAGACAGAAGGGGCCUGCUGGUUGAGCACAGUAACUUAACGCUUCUGCAUUGCUCCCUGGGUGUUCAAAUGGCCAUUACAGCCUGUGUCGCUGUCCUCAUCGUCUUGGUGCUAACGGGCUUAUGCUGGCGUUUUGACGGCCUGUGGUAUGUGAGAAUGGGCUGGUACUGGUGUAUGGCAAAAAGAAAAGAGUAUGAGAGGAGACCAGAAAACAAGCUCUAUGAUGCCUUCAUUUCAUACAGCAACGAGGAUGCAGAUUGGACAAAAGAGAAUCUGCUGGAAAAACUGGAAGCUAAGGGGUUCAAGGUAUGUUACCAUGAGAGAGACUUUAUACCAGGGCAUCCUGUGCUUGGCAACAUUUUUUACUGUAUAGAAAACAGCCAUAAGGUCAUCUUUGUUCUGUCUCCCAGCUUUGUAAACAGUUGCUGGUGUCAGUAUGAACUGUAUUUUGCUGAACACCGGGUCCUGAAUGAAAAUCAAGAUUCCCUCAUUAUGAUUGUGUUGGAAGAACUUCCUUUCAACAGUGUGCCCCAGAAGUUCAGCAAGCUCAGGAAGCUGCUGAAAAGAAAAACCUACUUGAAGUGGAGCCCUGAGCAAGCCAAACAAAAAGUUUUCUGGCAUCAGCUAACAGCAGUCCUGAAAACAGCCAAUGAACCACUUGUUGUGAGAGCAGAAAAUGGAGCUGCUCACAAUACAUAUGAGAUGGAAUGAGAUUACAAGAAUUUCUAAGACUGUGCC